GCACACUUCCUGACUCAUCAAACCCGGAAGUGACUCCUUCUGCUGUUUGUUUUUGUCUGGUCCUGUUGGAGAUUUACUGGACAUUUUGUAGUAUUAUGGCUGUCCCACCGCAGUUAAAAGCUGUUCAACAUCAUUACAAAACAGCGCUGGAACAUGAUGAAAGAGACCCGGUCGUAGCGUAUUACUGUCGUCUCUAUGCCAUGCAGACGGGGAUGAAGCUGGACAGUAAAACUCCAGAGUGCCGUAAGUUCCUCAUGAAGCUCAUGGAUCAACUGGAGCUGAUGAAGAAAGAGCUCAGCACCAAUGAAUCCAUCUCCCAGGAGAUUGUGGGCAACGCCCAUAUCGAGAACUACGCCUUAAAACUCUUCUUCUACGCCGACAACGAAGAUCGAUCAGGCCGCUUCCACAAGAACAUGAUCAAGUCUUUCUACACCUCCAGCCUCCUGUUGGACGUGCUGUGUGUGUUCGGCGAGUUAUCAGAGGAGAACCUUCAGCACAGGAAGUAUGCCAGAUGGAAGUCGACCUACAUUCACAACUGCCUGAAGAACGGAGAGACUCCUCAGUCUGGGCCGAUCGGCUUGGAAGGGGAAGCGUAUGAUGAAUUCGGCAUUGAAGCUGGCGGUCCAUCCUACACUUCUCCUGAUCCAUCUCAGCCUCAACCCUCCUCCAGUGUGAAUGUAGACCAAGACCAAGGCCCAGCUUCUGUCCCUCCAGCCAACUUUAACACUAUCCAGGUUCCUCCUGGCUCUCACGCUCCAGCCAACACACCUGCAGAUCUUCCUCAUCCAGCAGCAGCGUCUGCAAAACCAGUUCCUGCUCCCCGGAUUGUGCCAGUGGGCGAGCCCUUACCCCACACCAUCAACCAACCAGGUGAUGUUCAUCUCACUGCAGAAGACUUUACUCGGGCUCAGAAGUACUGCAAGUACGCAGGCAGCGCUCUCCAGUACGAGGACGUCUCUACUGCAGUACACAACUUACAGAAAGCCCUGAAGCUCCUCACCACUGGCGAAGAAUGAGAGCUUUGUGUUGCUUUCUCACUCAUCUGAACUGUGCUGCUCUACUCCAGAUCUCUCUCUCUCUCAGUACAUCUGUUCCACAUCUGCACUUCCACUGCUGCCCAUUAAAAAAGAAAAAUAAAAGAUGGAGAUUAGGAUUAUAAUCUAUCAGGUGCAUGUGAACUCUGCCUUCUAAUGAAAUGCUGUGUUCAGUUUAUGUAGCACAGAUUUAAUAAAUUAAUGCCCCUGCACUUAAAGCA